GCAAGGCAUGGCCAGCCUGCCGGCUCCACUUCUGGCUGCCCUUGUCCUCUUUUCCAUGAUGCUUCAGGCAACUGAUGCAGGUCCCUAUGGAGCCAACGUAGAGGACAGCAUCUGCUGCCGGGACUUUGUGCGCUACCCCCUGCCACCAAGUGUGGUGAAGGACUUCUACUGGACCUCGGAGUCCUGCCGCAGGCCUGGUGUCGUCUUGCAAACCAUCAAGAACCGGGACAUCUGUGCUAACCCCAAACUGCCCUGGGUGAAGAAGAUUCUCGAGAAGCUGCGCCCAUGAGGAGGCACCAUGGCGACCGUGGCCUUGGCCUCUCUAGGAAGGCUCGCCAAGCCCUACCUCUCCACCCUUGCAGCUGCUCCCCGGAGAAGCCUGGGCCAGUCACUUUCUCUGCGCCCUCUCAUCUCCGUCCCCACAGCUCUCACCCUCUGCUGGGCUUCCCUGCAGGCCCCUCCAGCCCCUCCUCACCCCACUGCAGCCAGGGUCCCUAUCCUAAUAAGCUGCUUCCUGGCUCCCACUGCUCUCCAAGAGGUCAGACCUGCACCUGGCCCCAACCCUUCAGAUCUGGGUGCCCUCCUUGUGCCCAGCCCCUCCCCCUCUGUUCCUACAUGGUGGGCUCCAGCUUCCCAUUCUUCCAAGCAUUUGUACUUUGGGGUUGUUCAGGGCCAUGCCUGCUACCUGCACAUGUCCCCCCACUCCCAGGGUUUGCUCAGCUCAACUGACCAAGACAUGUUUUUAAACUUCCCUGACUCUGCCUACUCCUAUCAGGUAUGACCCAGUCUGUUCAGAAUUUUCAGGAUUUAGAGACCCAUCCUGCAGCCCCACUGCUUAGACCCAGGUCCUCCUCAUACUCUUAUCUCCUGGCCUUCAGCACAGAGCACAGAGUCCAGGGCCUGACUCAGAAUCAGAGCUCUGUGAGGGGCUACAGACUGAAUCAAUGAUAGUAAUGUGUCCUCCUCCUCCAAGAAAAAGAGGGUGCAUACUUCUCAGUACAGCGAUCCAUGUCACUAGGAAGGACAAGCUGAGUCAAUUGUGAAUUCCAAAUUGGCCAGACUCACCUGUCUUCCCCAUUUUAGCUAUGUGUUGGUUAUUUUUGCCCUUUUUCUUUCUCAAAUAUAUUAGUCUUCCAACCUCCAGCAUUCAGGCCUGAUCUCUUCAGAAUUCACCCCAGUCCACGCCCUGCCUCCUUUCUUCAACAGCUGAUAAUUCAGUUGAAUUCAUGCCCAGGUGUUGGUGGUGACCCUGGCUUGGCACUACUAUAAGCUGCAUUUUAUUUAUAUCUGAAAAGAGGGUAAUUAGUUAAGAGGUCAAGUGAUAAAUGGGAGAACUGAGGAACUUGUGGGAGGGGACAAAGUGAUACUUUCCUGGCCCUGGGAGGCAGCAGGCUAUGACGGGAUGGCUGUGUUUGUGAAGGAGCCUGAGAAAACUUGUUCUGGGGUGUUUGGGGCCAGGCUAAGCAUCGGGACUUGGGACAGCAGUAUCCCAGAUAAAAGGAAUAAACUGACAGUGCUUGCUCCUUUCUGAGGAUGCCUGGUGCUGCUCAGUGGGGUGGCUGGAACCAUCAGACCCUAAGAAGACCGUGUCACUUCUCCAAGCCUCAUGUGACAAACAAAGAUGAGAACAGCCACCUCACGGUUACUGAGAGGCUUAGGUCCAAAAUGCACCUUGUGCCUGCCAUGUAACUCUGGGUCUUUCAGGCCUGUGUCCCUCACCUGCUCACUGCCUAUGAACGGAGUCCCCUCUUG